AUGGCGCUAUACGGGACGUCCGAUGCCCUGAUGUGCAGGGCGUUCCCGAUAACCCUGCGGGGCCCAACCCGAGCGUGGUACAACAAUCUGAAGACCGCGACCAUCGCCUCUUUCGACCAGUUGGCCAGGGACUUUGAGCUUAACUUCCUGGCUCAUGCCAAGCCGAAGCCGUCGGUGGCGAUACUCCUCGGGCUCAACCAGAGGGAGGAUGAGCCCCUUUCUUACUUUGUGAACCGCUUCACCACACAAAUCUGCGGGCUGUCUGAUGCUCACCCUUCUUUGAUGAUGCAGAGAGCGAGGGUCCAAUCCCCGCUGGAAGACCCCCGGGAGGGAAAAAAACCGACCCCCCGCCCCGAGCCGAAGGAAUCCACCAUCGACUUGCCACUGAUCGAAGGAAGGCCCGACCAAACAGUCAAAAUUGGGUCGGGACUGCCCGAACAAGAGCAACAGCAGCUCGUCGGCCUUCUGCGAGCCAACGCCGACAUCUUCGCUUGGACGCCGACUGACCUAGUCGGAGUCCACCCGGAAGUCGCGCUGCACCACUUGAACAUCUCGUCCGACGCCCGCCCGGUAAAACAAAGACCCAGGCGGCAGGCCCCGGAUCGGCAACUGGCCAUCCGAGAAGAGGUAAACCGACUUCUGACGGUCGGUUUCAUAGAAGAGGCAAGUCUCAAUAAUGCUUGCCCAAAAGAUUGCUACCCCCUACCGAAGAUCGACCAGCUAGUUGACGUCACGGCCGACCACGCCCGUCUUUCGUUUAUGGACGCAUUCUCCGGGUACAACCAGAUCAAGAUGGCACCCGAAGACCAAGAACACACAGCCUUCCUCACCGAGCAAGGGAUAUAUUUUUACAAAGUCAUGCCGUUCGGGUUGAAAAAUGCCGGGGCAACCUACCAGAGGACGGUGAACAGGAUAUUUGCCCAUCAGAUUGGACGAAACAUGGAGAUAUAUGUCGACGACAUGAUCGUAAAGAGCCGAACGGCGGAGGCCCAUCCUUCCGACCUAGCUGAAACAUUCGACACCCUGCGAAGGUUCGGCCUGCGCCUCAACCCCGCCAAAGACCUGCAGCGCCUUAACGGGAGGCUAGUCGCGUUAUCACGUUUUCUUUCCCGAUCGGGAGAUCGCUGCCUCCCCUUCUUCCAGGCCCUGAAGGAUCCGAAGAACUUCCGAUGGACGACGGAAUGCGAGAGGGCCUUCGAGCGGAUGAAACAACACCUGGCCAACCUCCCCCGACUCACUUCAGUCUCCCCUGGGGAGAAACUGAGUCUCUACCUCGCCGCCUCCCAGCACGCGGUCAGUUCGGUUCUGGUCAAAGAAAAUUCCAGCGACCAACUGCCGGUCUACUAUGUCAGCCACAUGCUGAGCGGGCCAGAAGAACGCUACCCGCCAAUCGAAAAGCUGGCGCUGGCGCUCGUCCUGUCGGCGCGAAAACUCCGCCCUUAUUUCCAGGCCCACCCGAUAGAGGUAAUAACUGACCAGCCGCUCCGACUUGUUCUGUCUAAAUUCGACAUUGCAGGGCAUCUCCUCAAAUGGGCAGUGGAGCUCGGCGAGCACGACAUACAGUAUAUACCGCGGACCGCCAUCAAAGCACAGGCCGUGGCAGACUUCAUUGCGGAGCUGACCCCGAGCACAGGCGAGGAACUCGAGCCACCACGUGAGACGUGGACCCUCCACGUAGACGGGUCGGCCAACGCAAAAGGCGCCGGCGCAGGGCUGGUGCUGGUGACACCUGACGGCCGCUCGAUCGAGCGCUCCUUCCGUUUCGGGUUCAGGGCCACCAACAACGAGGCAGAAUACGAGGCUCUCCUGGCGGGGCUCCAGUUGGCACUGGAAAUGCGGGUGACUGACAUACGCGUCAUCACCGACUCACAACUGGUGGCUAGGCAGCUCGACGGUGGAUACGAAGCCCGGGACCCGACUAUGGCGAAAUAUCUGGCACAGGUAAAAAGCCUUGCCACCAAGUUCGCCCAUUUUGAAUUGUCGAAUGUUCCCAAGAGCGAGAACCAGCGAGCCGACACCUUGGCAAAAUGGGCAUCCGGCUCGGCCCCUUGGGCUCGACCCGAGACCGAAGUGCUCCCCCACCGAGCCAUAGAGGUCGUCGCCACGGUCACGGGCGGCGCGCCGGCCACUUGGGUACAGGAGAUGCUACGCUUCAAGCGGGAUGGGGCCCUACCCGACAAUGAAACCACAGCUCGACGCUUGCGUCGGACGCAGGCAUGGUACGUCGAAGAGGAAGGACGGUUGUACAAGCGGUCCUUCUCGCGCCCCUUGUUACGCUACCUAGAGCCGAACGAAGCUCGGACCAUUCUGUCCGACAUGCAUGAAGGGGCCUGCGGGGAACACAUAUGCGAACGAGCCCUAGCACACAAGAUACUCCGACAGGGGUACUACUUGUUGAAUCUCCUGAGGUUCAGCUCGGUGGCUUACCCCCAAGCGAAUGGGCUAGCUGAGGUAACCAACCGGUCCAUCGUCGACGGCCUCAAAAGAAGGGUAUCCGCUGCCCGAUCGGUUUGGAUCGACGAGCUCCCGAGCGUCCUAUGGGCGCUGCGCACUACCCCCAAGACCCCGACCGGGGAGUCUCCCUACAGCCUCACGUUCGGGACCGAGGCCGUAUUGCCAUCCGAAGUAGCCAUCCCGACUCCGCGGACGGCAGACUACGGCGAAGAGGCCUCAGGAGAAGGGCUCCGAUCCAACCUGGACCUGCUCGAGGAAAGACGGGCCAACGCACACCAGAAAGCUCUUUCUUACAAAAGAGCCGUAGCGAGGGUCUACAACCGGAGGGUACGACCCCGAUCAAUAAAAUUAGAGGACCUGGUCCUGCGCAAAAUCGAGGUCAGCCGCCCAACCCAAGCAAGGGGGAAACUGACCCCGAAGUGGGAGGGACCCUAUCGGGUCAUCGGAGUAUCCCGACCGGGGACGUUCCGACUCGCAACAAUGGAUGGCGACCCCGUGCCCCGGACUUGGAACAUACAGAACCUUAGGAAAUACUUCGUCUGA